CCGCGCGCAAAGACGAUGGCCAACCAAGCCCCGCCUCCGCCGCGCGCCCAUUGGCUGCUGGGGCGCGGUAAACACGCCACCAUUGGCCAGUGCCGCCGCCCGUUUAGGCUGAGCCUGAGGGAAAGAAGGAAGGCAGGAAGGAAGGAGGUUCGCCCCCGUCGCCUUCCUCUCAGAGCGGGAUGGUCGGGCCCCCGGCCCGGCAUGUGGUCCCGGGAGGCCGCCCUUGAGGGCCAGGACCCCGCGCCCAGGUUCUUCCUCGGCUCCCGAGAUGAAGAGGCGCCCGCGGGCGGCCUGGGAGCGGGCGUGAGGAUGGACGAGGACGAGGUGGACUUCUUCGAGGACGAGGAGGCCGAGGAGGAGGAAGGCGAGUCGCCUCCGGAGCGCCAGAUCGUGGUGGGCAUCUGCGCCAUGACCAAGAAGUCCAAGUCCAAGCCCAUGACGCAGAUCCUGGAGCGGCUCUGCAAGUUUGAGUUCAUCACGGUGGUGAUCAUGGGGGAAGACGUCAUCCUGAACGAGCCGGUGGAGAACUGGCCGCCCUGCGACUGCCUCAUCUCUUUCCAUUCCAAAGGCUUCCCGCUCGAUAAGGCCGUGGCUUAUGCCAAGCUGCGGAGUCCUUUCCUCAUCAACGAUCUCGAUAUGCAGUAUUUCAUCCAGGACAGGCGGGAGGUCUACCGGAUCCUGCAGGAGGAGGGGAUUGACCUGCCCCGCUAUGCGGUGCUCAACAGGGACCCUGACAAGCCGGAAGAAUGCAACCUGGUGGAGGGGGAGGACCACGUGGAGGUGAACGGGGCUGUCUUCCCCAAGCCCUUCGUGGAGAAGCCGGUCAGUGCAGAAGACCACAACGUCUACAUCUACUACCCCACCUCGGCCGGAGGGGGCAGCCAGCGUCUCUUCCGCAAGAUCGGGAGCCGGAGUAGUGUCUACUCUCCAGAGAGCAACGUGAGGAAAACAGGCUCCUACAUCUACGAGGAGUUCAUGCCAACGGACGGGACGGACGUCAAGGUCUACACGGUGGGGCCGGACUACGCGCAUGCAGAGGCACGGAAGUCCCCAGCGCUGGAUGGGAAAGUGGAGCGGGACAGUGAGGGGAAGGAGAUCCGCUACCCGGUGAUGCUGACAGCCAUUGAGAAGCUGGUGGCCCGAAAGGUCUGCGUAGCGUUCAAGCAAACCGUCUGCGGCUUUGACCUCCUGCGGGCCAAUGGCCACUCCUUCGUCUGUGAUGUCAACGGCUUCAGUUUUGUGAAGAACUCCAUGAAGUAUUACGACGACUGCGCCAAGCUCCUGGGGAACAUCAUAAUGCGUGAGAUGGCUCCCCAGCUGCAGAUUCCCUGGUCAAUCCCCACGGAGGCAGAGGACAUCCCCAUUGUGCCCACAACGUCUGGCACCAUGAUGGAGCUGCGCUGCGUGAUUGCGGUGAUCCGGCAUGGGGACCGUACUCCCAAGCAGAAGAUGAAGAUGGAGGUCAAGCACCCCAGGUUCUUUGCAUUGUUUGAAAAGUACGAGGGCUACAAGACGGGGAAGCUCAAGCUGAAGAAGCCGGAACAGCUCCAGGAAGUGCUGGACAUUGCCCGCCUGCUGGUGCUGGAGGAGGGGGCCCCUGCCUGCAGCCCCGAGGGGGAGGACCAGCAGAAGUCCAAGCUGGAGCAGCUGAAGACCGUCCUGGAGAUGUAUGGACACUUCUCUGGUAUCAACCGCAAAGUGCAGCUGACCUACUUGCCUCACGGGCGGCCCAAGGCCUCCAGCGAAGAGGAAGAUGCCCGCAGAGACCCCUCUCCGUCGCUGCUGCUGGUGCUGAAGUGGGGGGGCGAGCUGACUCCAGCCGGAAGGGUCCAGGCGGAGGAGCUGGGGAGGGCCUUCCGCUGCAUGUACCCGGGAGGACAAGGGGACUAUGCAGGCUUCCCAGGGUGUGGCCUGCUCCGCCUGCACAGCACUUACCGGCAUGACCUCAAGAUCUACGCCUCCGACGAGGGACGGGUCCAGAUGACAGCUGCGGCUUUUGCUAAGGGCCUCCUAGCGCUGGAGGGGGAGCUCACCCCGAUCCUGGUGCAGAUGGUGAAGAGCGCCAACAUGAACGGACUCCUGGACAGCGACAGCGACUCCCUCAGCAGCUGCCAGCACCGGGUGAAGGCCCGCCUUCGGGAGAUCAUGCAGAAGGAUGCCGCCUUCAGCCAGGAGGACUACCAGAAGCUGGCUCCAACGGGCAGCGUCUCGCUCACAAAGUCCAUGGACAUCAUCCAGAAUCCUGUGGAGAUCUGCGACCGGGUCUUUGAGUUGAUCGAGAGCCUCACCGCCCAGAUCCAGAAGCGGAUGGAGGACCCCAAGUUUGCUGACCUGCAGCUUUACCACAGCGAGACAUUAGAGCUGAUGCUUCAGCGCUGGAAGAAGCUAGAGCAGGACUUCCGCCUGAAGAACCGGCGCUACGACAUCAGCAAGAUCCCCGACAUCUAUGACUGCGUCAAAUAUGAUGUGCAGCACAACACGGUCCUGCCGCUGGAGGGCACCGCGGAGCUGCUCCGCCUCUCCAAGGCCCUGGCCGAUGUCAUCAUCCCACAGGAGUAUGGCAUCAGCGAGCAGGAGAAGCUGGAGAUUGGCAUAGGCUUCUGCCUGCCACUCAUCCGGAAGAUCCAGCUGGACCUUCAAAGGACCCACGAGGACGAAUCCGUCAACAAGCUGCACCCACUGUAUUCGCGGGGGGUUCUGUCUCCUGGACGCCACGUCCGGACGCGUCUGUACUUCACCAGCGAGAGCCAUGUCCACUCUCUGCUCAGCAUCUUCCGCUACGGGGGCCUCCUGGACGAGUCCAAAGACCCGCAGUGGAAGAGGGCCAUGGAUUACCUCAGUGCCAUUUCGGAGCUGAACUACAUGACCCAGAUUGUGGUGAUGCUCUAUGAGGACAACAAUAAGGAUCCUUCCUCUGAGGAGAGGUUCCAUGUGGAGCUGCAUUUCAGCCCCGGAGUCAAAGGCUGCGAGGGGGAUGGCAGCGCCCCAGCCGGGUCCGGCUUCCGUCCAGCGUCGGCAGAGAAGGAGGUCAAGAGGCCGGAUCUCGGGGGCAGCCAGGAAGAUGUGGCCAAGGGCGUCGAUGACGAGACUGACCGUGUGCACCACCUGGCCUCCGCGUCUCCGGAGCCCAGCGCUUUCCUCCUGCGAAGGUCCCCUCUGAUCCGGAACCGCAAGACCGGCUCCAUGGAGGUUCUGUCAGAGUCCUCUUCCAAAGCUGCCGGCUACCGCCUCUUCUCCUACUCCAGGCAUUCCUCCGAAGUCAAGCAGAGCGGAUUGGGGUCGCAGUGCUCGGGCCUCUUCAGCACCACGGUCCUGGGGGGCUCCUCCAGCGCCCCCAACCUGCAGGACUACGCUCGCAGCCACGGCAAGAAGUUCGGCCCUGGUUUCUUCUGCAGAGACGAGCUCUUGUCUAUGCCAGCCGUAAAGCGGUUUUCUGUGUCAUUUGCAAAGCAUCCAACUAAUGGCUUCGAGGGCUGCUCCCUGGUGCCCAGCAUCUACCCGCUAGAGACCCUGCACAACUCGCUCUCCUUGCGCCAGGUGAACAACUUCCUCACUGCUCUCCUCCGGAGCUGCAGCGCCGGACAACAGCAAGGAACCCCUGCAGCUCACUUUGACACGCUGGCAGAGAAGCAGGUGCCCAGCGGUGGAGGCAACGGUGGAGGUGGAGGCGAUGGCGGUGGCUCCCUCCCGCAGCACGUCCUGCCCUCUCUGCCCUUGCGGAUGCCCCCCUCCGAAAAGCCCCCCUGGUCCAGCAGCGGCCCCUCCAGCACCGUCUCCAGUGCCGGCCCCUCCUCGCCCACCUCCCUGGAGAGUGGCGGCCCUCCUCGUGGCAGCAGCGUGGGCUGCUUUGGCUUCCCGGAGAAGGCUCUCCUCAACGGUGCAACCCUGCAACAGCCCUGCGAUCUGCUGCCCCGAGGCCAGGAAGAGCCAGUCGUGCCGGUCAGCGAGGCUGAGACGGAGGGAGGGCCGAGGGACGGAGAGGGUCCUCCUCCUUCCCCGCCAGAGCAGAGGGACCGUGGGACGGGUGAAGGGGAGGAGCUGAGCCAGGGGCAGGGGGAGGCCUCGUGGGCCGAUGGCACCGGGGCAGCGUUGGAAGAGCAGGGGGUCUCUGUGGGGGAGGCCGGGCCCAGCCCUCUUCUGUCCCCCAUCAGGGACGGCCCUUAGGGUGCUGUGACCGAGAGGCCGAGAUGGCAGCCUCCGCCCUACCAGCCCCGUCCCAGGCUCUGCCCCACCCCCGGACCCCCAGAAGGGCUGCCGGCCAGAUGUCACAAAGUGGGGAGGAGGUGGUCCCAGGGGGCAUCUGCUGCUUCUGGCCCUUGAUUUCCAAAGUGCCACCCCCUCACCACUCCUCAGAAGGGGCCUUGAAGUGACACUCCAAGUGAAAGGCAUGGGGUGGGACAAGGUGGGGACAAGGCCCAGCUUUCUCCGAAAUGGGGAAGACACGCGUGAUGCCAAAUGGUGUACAGUACAGAGCAAAAUAUUUAAUAUAUUGAUGUUCUCAGAGAGACACGGGGGGAGCGGGGGCUCCUCCUUCGUUCGGGACAGGGAUGCGCCUGGAGAUGCCUCUGUCUGUCCGUCCGUCCGUCCGUGUCUGUCCUUCCUUACAAAUUGUGGAAUCCCUUUCCCUCCUGAACGUCUUCUGCAGUAAAAUGCUGAGACUCUG